UUGUGUUGUUUCGUUAUCCCGUUAUGAGUAUACAGUUAACCACAUCAAAAUAUUUCUUUUUGUGACAAAAUAAUGCAUGCAUUCUCACUUCCAUAUAGUUCAUCUCCAAAGCAACAGCUCUCUAGUGCGUGAAAUAAAUAAAAUAAUUAACUGAUUGACUGAUUGACAUCAUGAGCUCUAUAAAUAAUUAUGGAUAUGAAUCUAACAGCAGCCAAAUAAUAUAUCAAAAUCUAGACAGCACAGACCAACAGUCUCUUAAAAAUUUAAUAGCGGAGUUGACGAUGGAAGUGCGGGCUUUAAAGACAGAAGUGAAGGAGCUAAAGGAAGAAAACAAAAUAAAUUUGUUGAAGCUGACAGAGGAAGUUAUUGCGGUCAAAUUGGAAAACAGGGGAAAACCCUCAGAAAGUCAAAGCCCACAAUUCGACCAACUACCAUUUUACCAUAAGAAGGAUCUUGACGAUUUCGAAGCACAGCUUUUACAAAAGCCAGAGUUGUUGGAGAAAUUUAAACUAUAUAUUAAGAAGACGGGGGGUGAAGCGUCAACCCCUUUUCUAAGAGCAGCAAUCAGGCGUAUUUUUUCAGAUGAGUUGGCAAUGUCUUUUUCGUGGAGGGGCACGGCAGAUAAGCCAAGCGCGGAAAAAUGUUUAGUUACAACAAUAAUAAAAAAUAUUUGUCAUGAAAUGUUUCAAGUGGACGAAAAAGCCGUUAGAUCAACGCUACAAAAACAUUUCGUUUAUGCAAACGAAAGAGUAAAAAAACGCCGUCUACCUUUGUCUGAAAAUAAAUGAAUGUUUUGAGCUGUAAGGAAAAACAUGUUAAUGAAUUAAUUUAAAAUAUAAAUAAAUUUGAAUUUAAAAAUAAACCAAAAAAUGAAUAUUGAUUAAUAAGAUGACUGAAAACUGAUUGGAAAAAACAAUCGAAAUUUAUAAUAAAAUGACUGUAAAUUGACUAAAUAUUGACUGAAAAUUGACUAGAAAUUCAUUGAGAAAUGACUGGAAAAAACAAUCGAAAUUUAUAAUAAAAUGACUGGAAAUUGACCCUGAAAAUGACUCAAUCAAAAUCAUUCAAUUUUGUUCGACCAUUUUCUCCCGAGGGAACAGUCAAUUUACAAUGAAUAUUGAUAUAGAAAUUGACUGUUUUCUAUCAAUUUUUCUAUAGAAAAUGAGUGAU